AUGGCCAACGAAGUUACACAGAAGGCUGACCAGUUCGAAGAUCUCUACUCGAAACUCCUGAAAAUACAGCAUAAAGCCAAAGACGAGUUGACGGCCCUCAUGGUCCAAUGCACCCAGACCGAUGUUGCUUGCAACUACCUUCUUGUCCGAUCCAGGAUUGAACUGGAAUGGCGACAAGAUGUGAAUGCCAUGACCAUCAAGGCAAAGAAGCAGGCCGAGCCCAAAGCUUCUUCUGAGAGGGUUCCGCUCCGUGACCGGAAGAGAGGCGAGUUCAAUGCCAGCAAGAAGGACCCUGAGUCUGAGCUGGCUUGUGAGCUACUGCAUGACUAUGUUUCCGGGGCGGCCAGUGUACCGAACAGAGGCGGUUUGGUGGCCUGUGCUACCUAUGAGUGCAUGGGUGAAAGCCCUUUGGAAUGUUCUGUAUCCCUUUCUUUCUACAUGGUGAUGAAGGAAGAGGACAAUGUAGACGACCAUUUAUGGUUGAAAGCUGGCAGCCAUGCAUUUCGUUCAAAGGAUUUGGCCGCGUCUGCUGUUGUGCUCCUUUGCAAAUUGGGCCAUUUCCAGGGUCGGUGUUUGAACUCGCGACUUGCUACUGCCUAUGCCGAAUUCACGGCAUGGGUUGGACGCAGCAAAAAGACAACUGGCAUCGACUGGUGGUCCAAGCUCAAAUUGGACAUGGCAUCGGACAAUGAUUGGCCUACAUCACUUGGCUCCAGCAAUGGCAAAGCUUGUGACACUGCAUUGGUUCUGGGUUGGCUCGAGGAGUUCUUGGGAACCAUUGAAUGUGCGCGCAAUGACUUACUUCAAGGUCUGAAAGUUGCAGUGGUUUCAUCUAACGCGUUUUUCCGCAAUAUGCGGGCAUGUGGAUUGUGGGUUACGGAACCGCACAGGGCAGUGGUGUUGGCCGCUGCAAAAUCCAUGUGUGAAGCAUACGGGUAUUUGGCGUCCAAAUGUUUUACGAUGAGAAUGAAACUUUUUCGCCUUCGACCCAAAAUUCAUUUUCAGCAGCACAUCACGAUGCUUUUGAAUCUCGGGGACGUUGGGUUCUCAGCUUUAAAUUUCUCAUGCUGGAGUGAUGAAGACUACAUUGGUAGAGUGAGUAGGCUUAGCCGAACUUGUCACCCGAGAACAAUGGCCCUACGUUGCCUGGAAAAGGCAUUGGUCUUGUAUAGCAUUCAAUUCAAAAAAAUUCGCUGA